UAAAGGAGCAGCUGUGUAGUUUUAUUGGCUCUGAGUGUGGUAGCUAAUUCUAAGAUAAAACAAACCCCUCUCAUCCUACAUUUUAGGGUUUUAUUAUUAUCUUCAAAUUCUUACAUCUUUUCAUUUCAAUUUCAACGCCACUUCCUCUCUUCACUUUCCAACCAAAACCCAAUCCACUCUAUCUAUCUAUUCUACAAAUUAAGUGUAACUGUAUAAAUGGCUACCUCUCAGUUGACAGCAUCAUUAAUUUCUACGAGGAACGUGUCAUCAUUUCAAGGACUUAGACCUUCUGGAGUUCAGUUUCAUUUUGCACGAAAUGUCAGAAUUGCUAAUCCUGCACGAAGCUCCUUCAAGGCUCUGAUUGUCAAGGCCGCCACUGUCGUUGCCCCCAAGUACACCGCAAUCAAGCCUCUGGGUGACAGGGUACUUGUAAAAGUGAAGGAAGCAGAAGAGAAGACAGAGGGUGGAAUUUUGCUUCCCUCAAAUGCUCAAUCGAAGCCUCAAGGGGGUGAAGUGGUUGCUGUUGGAGAAGGAAAGUCAAUUGGGAAGAACCAAGUUGAAAUUAGUGUGAAGCCGGGUGCACAAGUUGUGUAUUCGAAGUAUGCAGGUACUGAGGUGGAUUUCAAUGGCGAAAAGCAUCUUAUUGUGAAGGAUGAUGACAUUGUUGGUAUCCUUGAAACUGAUGAUAUAAAGGAUCUUAAACCCUUGAACGAUAGAGUCCUGAUAAAGAUUGAAAAAGCCGAAGAAAAAACUUCAGGCGGUUUGUUUCUUACAGAGGCAACCAAGGAGAAACCUUCAUUUGGAACAGUGGUAGCAGUUGGUCCCGGGACUCUGGAUGAAGAAGGCAAUAUAAAACCUUUGUCUGUUACUCCUGGAAACACAGUUUUGUACUCCAAAUACGCCGGUAACGACUUCAAGGGCAAAGAUGGUUUUGAGUACAUCACCUUGAGAAGUUCAGAUGUCAUUGCUGUACUCUCUUAGGAAUAAAAUUGUAAGAUGAACACGUAUUCCACCCACAGAGAAGCCACUACAUUGUUACCAACUUUCACCUUGUUUUGAUCACCUAAUGAUGCCUAAUAGGUUCUGGUUUUUCAAGUGUCUGAAUGUUGUGUUAGUGGGUUUGAAUUCAUGUAUCAGUUUAUAGUUUAAUUCACUUUUUGUCAGUUAUUAGAUAAGAACUUGUAUUCCUUUGAGCAAUAUUUGAGAAAUAAAUAGGUACUUUAAAAAUGCAAUGUAAUUUAGUGAGAAUUUACUAAACAUAAGAUGCUAGCUA